UGCUGCUAGCUGCUAGCUCCCAAGCGGCACCUGGGAUCUGGUUCAUUCUUGGCGGCGUCCCACAAAAACGAAACUGUAGAGCGUUUAAUAUUUACAACAGGCACGGUUUGGUUUACUUGUGUGAUUGGUAGUAGCUAUCACGCUGAUGGGCAGGAACAUUUAGUGGAACGGUCACCCGGCCUCUUGCUGGACAUGGCAUUGUGGCUAUUGGCGCUGAUGCUAACUUAGCUCGUUAGCCUGGUAGCUGAGCUGAAUCGAUUAGCUAGCAAAACGUAUAGGCACAGUAUCUUACAUUAGCUAGCUGCUGUGAGAAUCACUUCACAGCAGCGUCGUUGGAUUAACGCCACCUGCGUUUAAUCCAGGAGAGCAGUCAUUUUGCAGUCAGAGUAAGCAGCUGCUCGGUUUGGCUAACGAUAGCUAAUUUACCGCGCUAACAUGCAGUGGUAGCUCGCUUGCGUUUCAGUCGUCACCCGCGGCUGCCUUGCACCAGCAGACUAACGGGUCGGUAGCUAACAGCUACCGGGCAUUGUGCGGUAUGUAGCCAUAGAAUGCUAACCAUCCAUCAGUAAAGUUGGUGACUGGUCUUAACGUUACAAGCAACGUUGGCGCGGGCCAGUUCUGGCUGACCACCGUAUAGUUGUAAUAUGAAGAAUUACAGAGAUGGCGCUAUGAUGAUUGAAAGUCAGCGUUAAGUUGCUUAUAAGUUAGUUACAUAGGACACGGCCUUGCAGAUUGCUGUCGGUUAACUGCAUUGCGCUAGCUAGUUUGUCAGCUCAGUCGCCUGAUAGAUGAUGUUUCUACAAAACAUGUAAAGUUAGCAAAGUCUGGAGAGCAACAAUGUAACAUCACACUGAGCAGUUAGCCAUUUUAAGUUCAUUGAUUGGUGAUAGGCAGCGUUAGCUAGCAAAAUGAACAAUUCAGGAGUCUUGCCACAAGAAAAGAUGGAGCUGGAUCUGGAGAUCCCAUCUUCGCUAGUUCAGAGCGAUGGACACUUGAGGAGAUCCAACAGUGCACCCAUGAUAAAUGGCUUAAGUGAUAAUUCCCAAGUGUUCCAGAGAGAGGUCCUGCGUAGCCGGAGAAAUAGCACUACAGUUGUAAACAGGCCCAAUAUGGUCCCUUCGUCACCCAUUCGCGUCCCCAGCACCAGGCUUCAUCAGAUUAAACAAGAAGAGGGUGUAGACGUGAUGAACCGAGAGACUGCUCAUGAACGGGAAGUUCAAGCUGCCAUGCAAAUGAGCCAGUCCUGGGAAGAAAGCCUUAGUCUGAGUGACAAUGAUUUGGAGAAGUCGGCAUCUUCAUCUCCAAAGCGCAUCGACUUUGUGCCUGUUUCGCCUGCCCCAUCCCCAACUAGAGGAAUAGGAAAAAAGCAGUGUUUCUCUCCUUCACUACAAAUCCUUGUGAGCAGCAAUGGCCUAACACCCAGCCCGAUACCCAGCCCAACACGACGCUUCAGCCGACGGAGUCAAAGCCCAAUCAACUGCAUCAGAGCCAGCAUACUUGGGCCAAUAAAACGCAAAGGUGAGAUGGAGACAGAGAGUCAGCCCAAGAGGCUCUUCCAGGGUACCACCACCAUGCUGUCCUCUGAUGCCUCCAACCUGUCAGAUCUCAGUUCCUGUCACUCUCCAGAUUUGCUGGAUGGCAGCCUCAGCAGCGUCGGCUCCUCCACUGACUCGCCAGGCAAAAUGGAGGGAGUGUCGCCCUCCUCGUCCAGCAACUCCCCCUUCGCUUCCCUCCAGGAUUUGUCCCCAAAGUGAGCAUGGGAGACCACGAGACACCAUGAAGGACUGGAGCCCAAAAAAAAACAGCCUCUCUCCAGGAAACAAGUUUCCUUCGCAGACCCUCCACCUCACCAUUGCCUAGAUUUGGCUUCAGGGGAAUGUUUGUUUCCGAGCGGUUGCUUUCAUGGCUACGUUCUGGAGGAGCUAGAUGUGUUUGAAUUAAGGAAAUGAAUGCCUUGGAUGAAUUAAUGUAUGUAAGAGGUAAACCUAGUGAAACUAGGAAUGACUGAAGACACUGUGAGCACCAGCUGCUAGUAGAAGAUUUUGGAUGGUGCUUGGCUUUCAUUGUGAUAUUGUGUUCAUAGGUGGCUAUGCUUCAAAUCAGUCCUACCAGUCCCCCUCACUGGAGAGAGACGCUGAGCACUGGACAAACAAAAAGACUAUUGGAUGUGUACAUUUCUGUUUUUGUGCUGGAAAGCUUCUGUCCACAGGCCUUUGUAUGUACGCAGUCUGCAGAUUUUGUAAGAAAAGAUUUAACUUAUUGUUUUCCUGCUUUGUUUGUAAUUAUGUACAUAUUAACCUUGUCAAAUGUCAUACAUAGUUUUCAGUUUGUGAUUGGCUGUGUGGUGAAUGUGGGCACAAGUCUUCAACAGCAAAUUUCUUUGUAAAGAACAUGAAUUUCUUCUAGGGUACAACGAUGGUGAUUUCCUUACUGUUCUACUGUAAGAGAAGUUAUGUUUUCAGCAGAUAUUCUUAUUUUUAUCAUAGAGGCUGUGAACUGUGGUGGGUUUUUCUUUCUCAGUUUGGCUUGUAAGCCCCCUCUCACAUACCUUGCUGCAACUUGAACUGGCUAGUAUGAGUGCACUAGCAGUUAACUGUGGAUGAAAUGCCACGGACGUCAUUGUUGGGUUUUCAACACUAAAGGUUCCUCUGUAUCCUGUGUUCUCGUCAGGAUGAUUUUGUAGAUAAGCAGAGUAUAGAAAUGAUGCAGUUUUCUUUCUUCUCGCAAAAUGUUCUUAUUUAUGGAAAAAGCAAAAUGUUUAUUAUAAAAAUUGGGUGGUGAUAGGCUUCUAUCCCCAGUAAAAAAAAGAACCAUUUGUGUUAUCAUUUACACCAAAUGAACUGAAGGCUGGAAUUUGCAGCAGAAGCAAAAUGUCACUGUCACAUUGUGAGUAAAGAGACUGCUGUUCCUGCUGUGGUUACAUUUAUUAAUAGAGCUUUUUGCACAGGACACUGUAUCCUGUAAUGUUACAGCCUGUGUGUAUGCAGGGGAGAAGUAAAAGUUUCUCUUAAACAAGAGUUAAAGAACACAGUAUGUAAAGGUUAAGCCCUUACUGUGAUCUUUGCACCGAGAUUUGCUUUACACUGCCGUGGCCCCCGGGGUCCACAUUGCCCGUGUAACAUCUGAACCCCUUCAUGGCUCUGUAGCCCUCAAUGUAUUACAAUGUAUGUAGAGGUGGAAGUGAUUGUAAAUCAUUUUAUGCAAGUAUGUGCCCUUUAAUUUACAGAAAGGUGUCGCUGGAGAUCACUUACUGAAUGUCGUUUUCCUUUAUACAAAUAAGACAAUGGGAGAAGCAGCUUGUCCUGCUGUUAAGUCCUUUUAAAAAGUGUCCAGGGCACGAAUUCAGCAAAUAAUCUCAUUGUACUGUGUCUGUGAUGGAAAGGUUGUAAUCUUCCAAGCUGGCUGACACCAUGCCUAUGCUUGUCUCUUUCGUGAUUGCAAUCAUAGUGGACAUCAGGACUACUUCAUUUACUACGUGUGUUUGUUCAGCUGUUUUUAAUAUUCCAAGAGGUAUUUUUCUUGUCCAGAGCACUCAAACUCAUUCCAGUUUAUGGUAUCACUGCAUCCAGGGCCACAGUAGGAGUCAUCGCUGAACCUUAUUUACUGCUGUGGAACCAAACGGUACACACACAGAGGUAAAUCAGGUUGGUUUUUGUUGUCAAGCCUGAUGACAAGCUGCUCCAGGAAAGACUGAGAUUUUUUUUUUCCAGUAACCAUCAUAAUAUGCUAGCAGAGGCCUUAUUGUGGUGUUAUGUGCCCUACACCCUCCUGACCAAAUUUGUGAAGAAAAUCUGAUUUGAUCUAUGAACAUUAUACCAGACAGCUGUAUUGAGACUUUAUUAAAUGUCUGAUGAAGCAUCGAUAUAGUACGCUGAACAAACC